AUGUCAUUUCGGGAUCGGGUGUUACCACCGUGGCUAAUUAAUCUGGAAAGCGGGAAUACCCCAUCCAAAAAGAAAACUGAGUGCAACAAAAGUCACGGUAAUAAGAAACAUGUGAAUGUGCAUAAUGACAAUGUCAAUCAUGCUUCUGCAGAUGAAAACGAGAAUUUACCAUCAACAAGUAAAAUUAUAGACAAUUCUGUUAUGGUUGAUAGGCAAACUAAAACCAAAUUGUCGCCAAUAAAACAAGCUAGGAAGCCGCCACGCGCGAAUCCAGAGAUGAGUAGUAGUGAAGAAGAAGUUGAAGUGAAACCUGAUAUUACUUCUUUGUCAGAAUACAUUCCAGAAGCCGACUCCACUGUGGACAGUCAGUUACCUCUUGUUUCUUCCAUAAAGAAAGAAGAAGAUGAUGCUACAGAUAUAGAACUUGAUCCUAAUAUAAAAAGAGAAAGCAAUAAAGGAUCAGUAUGUAAAGAAGGACAAGAAAGUAGAGGAAUUGAAAGCAACAAUAAUGAUAAAAGUACUGAAAAUGAUGAUCGAAAUAUUUGUGAUGCUGGUUCUGAUACUGGAGGUCCUAUUGGAAGCAAUGCUGAUGCUGGUUCUGGAGAUGAUAUUCUUGUUAGUGUUAAUGCUGAUUGUGAUGCUGGUACUAGUAUUGAUGCUGCCAUAUCUGUAAAUAGUGCUGGUGGGGAUCAAUCUGAUUCUGUUAGUAGUACAACUGACAGCACUAAUAAAAUUGACAGAUCUAAAUGCAAAUAUGGAGCUCAGUGUUAUCGAAAGAACCCCCAACAUCUACAAGAUUUCAGUCAUCCAGGUGACAGUGAUUAUUCUACUAUUGACAACCGUCCAGAAUGUCAGUAUGGUUUAGCAUGUUAUCGUAAAAAUCCUCUUCAUCGACAACAUUAUAAGCAUACUAAAAUGGUUCAGAGGCCAAGGAAGGCUAAACGUCAAAAAAAGAAAUUGGUUGAUGAUAGUGCUUCAGAUGAAGAUGAUUAUGAUUUGGAUGAUUCAUUUAUAGAUGAUGGAAGUUCUGAUGAUUAUAAACCUUCUGAUAGUGAUAGUGAAACUGACUUCGAGGAAGGGGGAGAAGCUGAGAGUGAUGAUAAUGCGGAACAAGAUGUCAAUGAUUCAAAGAAAAUUAAACGAAAACGCAGACAUUGA